CAAGAAUAUUCGAUGCCAGAAAAAAUUAAAAAGGUUCUUUCAUGAAGUUGCGUCACCCACAUGUUCUGUCUGAAGUGAAUUAAAACCAGAAAUAAAUUGAAUAGUUGCUAAUAAAUUACUAAAAAUGUUGUGCGCUACGCGGGUGGUCGGCCGAAAGGCUUUGGAGUGUUCUGGCAUUGGUACGGACUUCUACACACAGAGAAAUUUCAGCACAAUCCUCAAAAGUUCCGCAGCCCCUACAGUGCCUAUUUAUCAGCGACAUGUACAGUACAGAAACAAAUCCGAUGGCGUCCGCGGCGCCGUCAUCGGCAUUGAUCUGGGUACCACCAACUCCUGCGUGGCGGUCAUGGAAGGCAAAACCCCCAAGGUGGUCGAAAACAGCGAAGGCUCCCGUACCACCCCCUCCCACGUCGCCUUCACCAAAGAGGGGGAGCGUCUGGUCGGCAUGCCCGCCAAACGUCAGGCCGUCACCAACAGCGGCAACACAUUCUACGCUACCAAACGUCUUAUUGGAAGACGCUUUGAAGACCCCGAGGUUCAGAAGGAUAUGAAGAAUCUUUCCUACAAGGUUGUUAAGGCCUCUAAUGGAGAUGCUUGGGUCCAAGGAACCGAUGGCAAAGUGUACUCUCCGAGCCAGAUCGGCGCGUUCGUGCUGGUGAAGAUGAAGGAAACAGCGGAGGCGUACCUCAACACGAGCGUCAGGAACGCCGUCAUCACCGUGCCCGCCUACUUCAACGACUCGCAGCGGCAGGCCACUAAGGACGCCGGUCAGAUCUCGGGCCUGAACGUGCUGCGAGUGAUCAACGAGCCCACGGCCGCGGCGCUGGCCUACGGCAUGGACAAGACUGACGACAGAAUUAUCGCCGUAUACGACUUGGGCGGCGGCACGUUCGACAUCUCCGUGCUGGAGAUCCAGAAGGGAGUGUUCGAGGUGAAGUCCACCAACGGAGACACGCUCCUCGGUGGCGAGGACUUUGACAACGUCAUUGUCAACUUCCUUGUCGACGAAUUCAAACGCGACCAAGGCAUCAACCUCCGCAACGAUGCGAUGGCCAUGCAGCGGCUAAAGGAAGCGGCCGAGAAGGCCAAGAUCGAGCUCUCGGGCUCCCUGCAGACCGACAUCAACCUGCCGUACCUCACAAUGGACGCGGCUGGCCCCAAGCACAUGAACCUCAAGAUGUCCCGCUCAAAGUUGGAAUCUCUAGUUGGAGACCUGAUCAAGCGAACGAUCGCUCCAUGCCAGAAGGCGCUCCAAGAUGCUGAGGUCCAGCGCUCUGAUAUUGGAGAGGUGCUGCUCGUUGGCGGCAUGACCAGAAUGCCAAAGGUCCAAUCAACAGUCCAAGAGAUCUUCGGUCGCGCGCCGUCCAAGGCCGUGAACCCCGACGAGGCCGUCGCCGUGGGCGCCGCCGUGCAGGGCGGAGUCCUCGCCGGAGACGUCACCGACAUCCUGUUGUUGGAUGUUACCCCGCUGUCGUUGGGCAUUGAGACGCUGGGAGGAGUGUUCACCAAGCUUAUCACUAGGAAUACCACUAUCCCUACUAAGAAGAGUCAAGUGUUCUCUACUGCGGCCGACGGCCAAACCCAAGUGGAGAUCAAAGUCCACCAGGGCGAGCGCGAGAUGGCGGCGGACAACAAGCUGCUGGGGCAGUUCUCGCUGGUGGGCAUCCCGCCCGCGCCGCGCGGCGUGCCGCAGGUGGAGGUCACCUUCGACAUCGACGCCAACGGCAUCGUGCACGUCUCUGCCAGGGACAAGGGCACCGGCAAGGAGCAGCAGAUCGUAAUCCAGUCAUCGGGCGGUCUAUCGAAGGACGAGAUCGAAAACAUGGUGAAGGCGGCCGAGCAGUUCGCCGCGGCCGACAAGGGGCGGCGCGAGCGCGUCGAGGUCGCCAACCAGGCCGAGGGCGUACUCCACGACACAGAGACCAAGAUGGACGAGUACAAGAGCCAGCUGCCGCAAGACGAGUGCGACAAGCUCCGUGAAGAGAUCGCGAAGCUGCGCGAGUUGCUCGCCAACAAGGACAGCGCCGACCCCGAGGCCAUCCGCACCGCCACCAGCACCCUGCAGCAGGCCAGCCUCAAGCUCUUCGAGCAGGCCUACAAGAAGAUGGCGGCGGAACGCGAGGGCCAACAGCCCGCGGGAGAGAGCCAGCCACAGCAGGAGAAACAAGAAGAGAAGAAGAACUAAAGAGACACUUGUGUCACCAGUAUAAGUCGAAUGCGGCCUUCGGGCGCUUUCUUUGAAGAGUUAUGGAGCAUAUUGGAAUUCCGCCUCCUACUGUAUUCUAUAUAAUAAAAUAUAUCCAAAUAGCAUCUAGUUUUUCUUUGGAGAGUAUUUUAGAUUCGAAAAUGCAUAAUUUACCAGCCAUAAUCAUAGAUUAAUGAAAAAAGCAGAUAUGUCACUCUUAACGAAAAUUCACAAUGAGUUAUACAUAUUGUCCUACCAAUUUUAUCUUAGAUUUAAUGACCUUGUGUUACUAGUUAUUUGGAAACAUUUUCUUCAACAGUGACAUAUCUAAAGUAAUCUGUUACGGCUUGAUUUCAUGCAUUUUUGUUCACAUGUAGUGAGAAAUUGUUAUUUAGUGCGAGGACUGGUAUUGCCUAGUGUUACGAAUGUAAUAAAUAUAUUUUUUAAUUGGUGUGUAUGGAUGUUUUCUGUUAACGGUUUUUCUACAUAUGUCUCGUCGGGAGGGGGUUUUCGUUCUGCAUUUCUGAUGAUUGAUGUGAUAUUCUGUAUGAUUUGAUAUUGUUUAUUCAUCGAAAUAUAGAUUAUGCUAACACCGAUUUGUCAGUUAAAAUAGGAGAAUCGUAGCCGCCUUACUGAUGUAGCGCAUGGUAUGAAAACUUAGCCUGGUCGGCAGAAGAUGAAGUUUUUUUUUUCAGAGUAACAGACGGUGUUGCCAUUAGCAUUUGCUAUUUAUCGGUUCUAAAAUUCCGGAAUAUUAAGUCACAACAAAAACCAGUGAUUUAUAUGUCUAAGAUAAUGCAAAUAUGGAUAAUGCAAAUACGAAAUGUAUAUCAUCUCAAUCAUUUGAGUUGCAGAGCGUAACUUGUUGGCAUUUAUGUUUUUUUUAUUACGGAAGUCGAGAGAUGUGUCGAAAAACUAAUUUUGUUUUGUUUUCUUUCUACAUUCACAAAGGCAUGUGGUUCUUUACAUAUAUUUCUAUAUAUUUCACCAAAUUAGUUUCAUAGCUUUAAAAGGAAAUAUAUGUAUUGAAAAUGCUCUGCGUUCAGAUAUGUAUACCGCAAUUAUUUUAAAUUGUUUGUACGGACAGAGUGCGGUGUUGCCGCUAAAUAGUAUGUAUGUGCGUUGAAUUAGAAUAGUGAAAUAUAUUAUUUCGAGAAA